AUGGAGCCGUUUAGUGAGCGACGGGGAACACCGGGGGCGGGACGCAUGCAGGUCUUGAUGCUGCUGGUCGCCAUGACGACCGCGGGCCGAGGCUUCGUGGACACGGAGGAGUUCAUCAGCGAUCUAGACAUGCCAAUUCCGACGGCUCACGUGACGGGCGUGCUCGGCAAAAAGGCGUCUCUGCCCUGCGACACGCAGCCCUUGUCGGCCGACGACAAAGUGGCCAUGGUGCUGUGGUUCAAGGAGACGGACUGGGAGCCACUGUACAGUUACGAUGUGCGCGGGCGCACAGUGUACCAGCCAAAGCUGUGGUCUUCCCCGACGGGAUUCGGCACGCGAGCCUACUUUCGCGCCACGGCUUCACCGGCCACUCUGCUCGUGGACAGUGUGUCCACCGUGGACAGCGGCGUGUACAGGUGUCGGGUGGAUUUCAAGAAUUCGCCAACACGCAAUCUGAGGAUUAACUUCACUGUCAUUACUCCACCGAAUAGACCGACCAUAAUGGACGCAAGAACCCGAGACCUCACUCGUUUGCUUGAGCCAUAUGACGAAGGAGACACCCUGGAGCUGCUCUGCGAAGUUUAUGGAGGUGAUCCCCGACCGUCUGUCAUCUGGUAUUUAGAAAACACAAUAAUUGACGAUUCAUACGAGCGGCGAGACGACGGCGUCACGACGAAUUCCCUAAGUUUUCCGCGCGUGGGACGGCAGCAUCUGAACUCGAGGAUCAUCUGCCAGGCGUCCAACACAAACUUGGCGCCUCCGCUGACCAAACUCCUCAUACUUGACAUCAACCUAAGGCCGCUGAGCGUGCAAAUACUGAAGAAGCGAGGCCCCCUAUCCGCAGACCGCACCUAUGAAGUGGAAUGUAUCAGCACCGGAUCCCGGCCUUCCGCGCAGAUCACCUGGUGGAAGGCGUCGAAGCCUCUCAAAAAGAAUAUUAGGAAUUUUUCUGACGCCAAUUCGACUACAAGCAUGGUUCAGUUGGUGCCGGAAGCCCAAGAUCACGAGUCGGAGUUGACCUGUCGAACCGAGAACCCGCGACUCGCGGCUAGCACUCUCGAAGACACUUGGAAAUUGGACGUGUUUUAUGUGCCCGUGGUGAGUCUCAAACUGGGAUCGAACCUGAGUCCCUCCCACAUUCGGGAGGGCGAUGACGUCUACUUCGAGUGCAGUGCGCGAGCCAAUCCCCCGCCGACUAAAUUCACUUGGUACAAACAGAGUAGGGAGAUCACGCACAAUUCCAGCGCAGGAGUGAUCUUAAGCGACCAAAGCCUGGUGCUACAGAGCGUGCAGCGAUCAGCUUCAGGAGACUAUUCUUGCGCUGCACAAAACCGAGAAGGAAGCGCUUCUAGCAACGCGGUGGCGCUGCAAGUCCGAUAUCCCCCAAUUUGCAUAUCAUCAGAAGACGGCCAAGUCUUCGGUGCGCUGAAAAAGGAGACGGUAAAGUUGAAGUGCGAAGUGGACUCCAACCCACCCCCUGACAACUUCUUGUGGGCCUUCAACAGUUCUGGGGAGUACAGAGAAUUGGAGACCAGUUUGUACAAAUCAUCUAGUUCAAUGUCAAUUCUGUUGUACACCCCAAGUAGAGAAGAAGAGUUCGGCAUCAUCUCUUGUAUCGCUCUAAACACAGCAGGAAGGCAGAGUGAGCCUUGCACUUUUACCCUGGUUGCUGCUGGUGUCCCGACAUCUUUACACAACUGUUCCGUGGUGAACCAGAGCACCACAGCCUUGCAGGUGGAGUGCGAAGAGGGGUUUGACGGUGGAUUGCUCCAGGACUUUCAUAUGGAAGUGCUGGAACUACCUUCAAUGAUCAUGCAAGCAAACAUAACGUCGAACCGGAGUACCUUCGUUGCCACCGGGUUGCCGCCUCGCGCCCGAGGCAGCUACCUGCUCAACUUGUACGCUGCAAACGCCAAGGGACGAGGCGAAGUACUGACACUGUACACUGUCAUUUCGCCCGAUCGCUAUACGGAUUCCAUCAGUCCUCUGUCGCUGUCUCCGAUGUUGGUGUCAGUGCUGGCCACCGGAGCGCUGCUGAGCGCCGCCGUCUGCGCAGUGUUAGCCGCCGCUUACAGGCGACAUACGGCGACGGCUGAUAAGCGACCGUCAAAUAAUGCUCUAUAUGCAGAGGAUAGCACGGAAUCGUUUCCUAAAAGAGACAAUCUGAACACAUACACAGCUUCCCCGAAGAUCGACUACAAUAGUCAAUUCGAGCUGAAGCUGGAUCCAGAUGAAGAUCCGGAUAUUAUUCCUGUCAAUUAUGCAAAGAAAAUGGAGGAAGCGAGGUGCGUAGCCGAAAGCGAUUCACUGAGGAUAUACGACAGAGGAUUCACUCAUAUAGCUAACAAUUACAAUAUAUCGGUGGUGAAUCGAGGAGUGACUGCGCGUAGUACAGACAUAGCUGCAAGUCGCUUACCGAACGACGUGCGCGAGAGUUGUAUAUAA